AUGGAAGCAACAGGGCUUAGCCUUGGCAAGUCUGUGCUGGAUGGAGCUCUUGGCUAUGCCAAAUCCGCCGUUGCGGAGGAGGUUGCCUUGCAGCUUGGCAUCCAGCAAGGCCAAGCUUUCAUUAGGGAUGAGCUUGAGAUGAUGAUGGCUUUCCUGAUGGCAGCACAUGAGGAGCGAGAUGAGCACAAGGUGAUCAAGACCUGGGUGAAACAGGUCCGUGACGUGGCCUAUGAUGCAGAGGACUCCCUCCAGGAUUUUGCUGUUCGUCUGGGGAAGCCAUCCUGGUGGCGCUUCUGGUGCAUCCCUCUCAUGCUGCUGGAAGGCCACCGUGUGGCCAAGAAGAUGAAGGAGCUUCGAGCCAAGGUUGAGGAUGUCAGCCAGAGGAAUGUGCGCUACCGCCUCAUCAAGGGCCCUGGCUCCAAGGCUAUCACCUCCACUGGACAGUCCAACAUGGCCAGCGAAACAAUGUCUAGCACUGAGGAAGUGAGGAGGCAACACGAAAAAGCAAAGCUCGAUCUCAUUCAAUUGAUCAACAUGAAGGAUGAGAACCUUAGAGUGAUCUCUGUAUGGGGAACAAGUGGUGUUCUUCAGGAGACAUCCAUCAUAAAGAUGGCCUAUGAUGAUCUUGAGAGGAAGAAGUUUGUGUACCAUGCAUGGAUCAGGAUCAUGCAUCCUUUCAAUCAAACAGAGUUUGUGAAGAAUAUCAUCGAGCAAUUCUAUGUUAAUAUUCUAGAUGAAGCAACAAAGACAAAGCAGAAGUUAACUCCUGGGGCCCAAGAUCUGUGGAGGAUAUGGAUGAUGAAUGAAGAUGAUUUGUUUGAUGAGUUCAAGAAAGUUUUGAGUGAGAAGAGUUACCUGGUUGUGCUUUGUGAUCUCUCCUCUAUGGAAGAGUGGCAUCAGAUCAAAACAUGCUUCCCAAAUAACAAGAAUGGGAGCCGAUUCAUAGUGUGCACAGAGCAUAUCAAAGUGGCAAACUUAUGUGUUGGAACAGAGAUUGGGCUUCUAGAGCACAAGCAAUUGUCUGUUGACCAGACUCUUUAUGCUUUCUAUGAGAAGGGUUCACAGGAUGUUGCAGAUUCAAUAGAGGAAGCCUCUAGUUCAAACACUACGAGGACUACUGAUAGUAAAACCUUUAUGGAUGGAAAGAGACUGACUCGCAUGGAAACGACACUAGUUGCUUUUAAGGAAUCUCAGCUCAUUGGGCGAGAAAAUGAAAAAUUAGAAGUGAUAAAAAAGAUUUCAGAUAAACAUAGUCAAGAAUUUGAGGUGAUCUCUAUCUACGGAAUGGGUGGUCUCGGGAAAACAACUUUAGUCAAACAUGUCUACCAAAGCCAAGAGCUCAAUGUUAUGUUUGAGAAGCGUGCUUGUGUCACAAUCAAGUGUCCUUUCAAUCGAAAAUGGGAUGCUAUUGUAAACUAUUUCCCUACAGCUGUUACAAGGAGCAGGAUUAUAGUAACCACAAGGGAAGAGAAUAUUGCUAAGCAUUGUUCGAGGAAGGACAUAAACAUAUACAAGCUCAAGCUUCUGGAAUACAAAGAUGCGUAUGACCUCUUCACAGAAAAGGUGUUUGGGACAGUUGCAUAUAUGGAUGAGCAGUACCCUGAAUUAACUGAAGAAAUGAAAGUGAUUCUGAAGAAAUGCAAUGGACUUCCUCUUGCAAUAGUCACCAUUGGUGGUUUCUUGGCAAAGCAACCAAAAAGUCUCAUGGAGUGGAGAAAAUUGAAUGAACAUAUUAGUGCGGAGCUAGAGAUGACUCUAGAGCUCCGUAGGAUACCAAAUGUCCUCAUUAGAAGCUAUGAUGGCUUACCUUAUCACCUCAAGUCUUGUUUCUUGUAUUUGUCCAUCUUUCCUGAAGACUACAAUAUUAGUCGGAAACGUCUGGUGCACCUUUGGAUUGCAGAAGGCUACACAAGGGAGAUUCUGAAUGUAGAUGGCAUUAAUAGGCGUGAUGUGUGCACUUUCUUUUGGUGCUGGUUUAUCCCGUCUGUACUCAGGGAGCUAAGCCGAUAUAGUGUUAUACUUCCGAGAGGAUUAAGAAAGCUGAGAGCGCUUCACACACUGAAUGCUGUCAACAUCGCUGUGGGGAGGGGCAUCAUGAAGGAGAUAAAAAGGCUCACCCAGUUGCGCAGGUUAGCAGUGAGCGGAAUCAACAAGAAAAACUGUCAAGAGUUCUGCUCCACCCUUGAUGAUAUCAGGUGCCUAGAAUCGCUGACAGUGCAUUCAGCGGGAGAGCCAGGUUUACAUGGGCUUGGAUGGCGUGUCCUUGCCCCCAAAAAGCCUCCAGAGCCUCAAGCUGGCCGGCAGUCUGGUCAAAUUGCUGGGAUGGAUAGAGGGGCUCCACAAUCUUGUGAAGUUGAAGCUUGA